AUGUCAUCCUCAGAAAACAAGAAUACAUCACCUCCGGCUCAUUCAGACUCGGAGACUGAAAUCCCGGAGAUAAGGCCAGUCAAGCGCGCGAAAAUCAGCAUCCCAUGCAUGGAAGAGGGGUCUCUACUCAGCCUUUUAGCAAAUCCCCGAUUUUCCGAUGUCAAUGUUAUCGUCGGUGAGGAAAGAAUGCAGUAUGACCUUCAUCGAGCGAUAAUAUGUUUGCAAUCAACUUUCUUCGAGGCAGCCUGCAAAGAAGGAUUCAUCGAGGGCAACACCCGGGAGAUUAAUUUACCAGAUAUCGAGCCCGAUGCCUUCGAAACCAUUGCAACAUGGUUGUACAGCGGAGGUUUUUCGAUCAAAGGCAAGCUAAGCACGGAAAAGUUCUGUGACUUAUACGCAGCUACGGAUUACCUAGGCAUCGACUCCCUCAAGCGGGCCAUGAUGUCCACUCUGGCUAAGUCUCUACAAGACGACAUGCUGAAAAGGCCUAAUGAUGGCGCACCUGUGGAGAAGACGGUUGAAACCCCACUCAGUCUAAUCUACUCCCUUUUGCAAACCGCACCAUGCUCGGACUGGCAGGGCUUACGCCAGGUAGUUGAUAAGGUUAUCCCCCAAAAUCGUCUUUCAGGAGCUUGGCUACGAGGCCUAGCGGAAACGGAUCCCGUCGAAAUAAACGGCUUUUUUCAAGCUCUCUUACUCGAUUCUUAUCAAGAGUUUGUAGGCUCUAUGUUCUGUGGUUCCUGUACAAAACACCUCAGGAAUAAUACGGGGAAAUGCCACGCCUGUCGGAAAUCUGUUAACUACCACAAACGAGAGGGUCCACCGCAAAGAUCGGAAAAGUCUUCCUGA